UGCGUUUCGAGCUAGCGUGUGGGCCAACUAGUGACAAUGGCGAAGUGGUUACGUUGGGCAACCGAGAGGAGGACUGAAAGCGAGGAAAAGGGGCGUUCACCGUCUUAGGGUAGGGCCUGGGAAGAGGAAAGCCCUCGACCCCAGAGAACGAAACGAGACAGGAUCCCGAGGGCAGGUCUCCCACAGAACGAGAAUGAGGAGAGUGGGUCUCAGUUUCGGCCCCCAAGAAGCGAGGAGCAGAGCCGCGGGAGAACUGGCUGCUGGGGCUUACCCUGCAGCCGAGGAGGGUAAACAAGUCUGGGCCAGACGGGUUUGGAGAGAGGGAGAGCGCCCCCCCCGGGGUUGCUGGGCAGCGCCGAGACUCGUAGAACACAAAACGGAGAAACUGCGAGAAGUUAACGCGCUUGGACAGCGUACCCGCAUGUCGCGGACCUUGGACACUAGCGCUCGCCCCUCGACCAUCACCCUUAGUGAACUACACAAUCACUAUCACCUUGAGAAUGAACGCUUCGAUCCCUGGCGCACGUUUGAUGAGGGCCCUGGAACGCCUCUUCCACCAUAUCUUAGUCUAAUAAAUACUUUUUUCAAGCCAGAGAGGCUAACAAAGGCUGAAAUGAAGUUUAAAGAAAAGGCAAUGGUGGAAGUGAUGGAGCUGAACAAUCAAAUAAAACAAGCUCAAAUCCAGCAGGAACAGCUACAGAAGGACAGCAGGCAGCUAUGCACUGAAAAGCUACUUGUCCAGGCUGAACACAAAUUCGUUCUGGAAUACCUGACUAACAAAAUUGAGGAGUACAGAAAGCAGCCUGUUAAGAUGUGGAACAACUAUGUACAAAAAAGUGGGGAGAUUGAACUGCAGAGACAGGAAUCAGCCUCAAGAUAUGCAAAACAAACUUCAGUGCUUAAAGCAGAGCUCCUGCAGAAGGAAAAGACCCAAAGCCUUCUGGAGCACCAGUUGAAGGCAAUGAAGGACAUUUUAAUAUUAAAGGAAAAACAGGAGACAGAAGUGGAGGCACUGCAGAAGGAGAAAAGGAAAGUCCAAGAUGAGACAGCCACAAAGACACAGGAAGUACAGGUCCAGAUCCUCCAGGAAAAAGCAUUACUGGAGAAACAACUGAGUGAGCCAGACGUAAGCCAGUUGGAAAAAAGAAAAAGAAGGGAGCUUAAGAGGAAGAACCAGGCCUUGGAGUUGGCAGCAAAGCAGUAUACUCUUGAGUUCUACUGUGGCAUCAACAGAGAGAACCACCAGUCACAGAAAGAUCUACAGCAGCUAAUUCAGCAAUCCCAGGAGUUGGUGGCUUGUCAAAGCCAGUUAAAAGACAGAAAACAGCAACUGCAGCAAGAACAGUGGUAUCUGGAGGGCUUAAUCCGGGGAAGGCAACGAAUGCAAGGAAGGUAUAAUUGGUGCCUAAAAGGACAGGAUGCUCCAAAGACCACACUGACCCCUCCCCUAGGCACCAAAUCAAGGAUUAAUCCCAAAUAAUGCCUAAAGUAACACUGAUUAAAUAAGCAUUAGAGCAGGUACUCUUAGGUUCUACAUAAACCCAGUUAGGAAGCUUUUUGGAUCUCAGAUUACUAUGGUAAGAUAUCUAUCAUGAUGUGUAGGUGUAAAGGGUUGGGUGCUUUUUUCUCAGCAGUACUGCUUCAUAUUUGUGACUGGCUUCCUUUAACCAGUUCUUUCUCUAAUUAGCUCCUGCUGAUAAACAGGAUGUUCCACAAACCUCUACAGUUAACAUACGACACUAACCUAAUACCCAGCCACUUGCCAAAUACCCUGUACUUCAAACUCACUCAAAAUCAACUUGAGAGGAAAAGUUGUGAUUUAUUUCAUCUACCUUAAUUAGAUUUGUUUAUAGAGAAAGCACCUUUAAGGAUAGCGUUUCAGAUUUUGUAUAGUGCUUUCAGCUCUGUAAAUAACCCAGUAUCGGUUUAUCCUCAUUCCUUUUGACCAACUCAGCACACAAAGGCAAAGGCAGAAAGUGUUUUUAAGCUCUUUUUUAGUUUAUGCUAGUGAGCAGGUAGAUCCUUGUACGAUUUUAUCAUCAAGUGAAAAGUACUCUGAUAACAGCAAGUCCAGUAAGUGCUAGGUAGAAUGAGCUUUGGUCUAAUGCUAAGCCCCCUCGGUUUUAGCUUUCAAUAAGUUGAGAAGCUAAGAAAGGAUGAAGGGGACAUAUGUUAGGUCAACUGUUGCUUUCGAAAAUGUUUCUGUGAGGAAACAGAGCAUGAAUGACUCUUGUUAAAGAAAAUAUGUCAAAAGAAAGUUAAAAUGUUUGGACAGUUUUUAAGUCUUGUGCCAUCCGUUGAUAAUCUCAUUUCCCUAGCAGCAUUCUAAAGUCUGUGACAAGUAAAAUUACUUCAUUAUAGUAACUACUUUGGUUUUAGGUCAUUUAUUAUAUUUUCUUACUACAUGUACACUUCAUAGUACAUGAAAUGCCUUUUAUAAUCAGUGUGUGCCAUAUAUUUGUCCAUUUUAUAGAACUGGGAAUAAUUUUACUAAAUUAGUAUAGAUUUUAACAGUUGUAUUUUUUACAUUUAUGACAUAUUUAUGUUUAAACCAGUGAUUUACUUGAAUGCUAAAUCCUAGUUCAGGAAUAUAACCCCUUAUUUUAACAUUGCUCUUCUAUGGGAAAAUAUAAAACAACUUAACGUUUUUCAGAAAUUGUUAAUGAUGAAACAUUUCAAAAUAAUUUUCCUGAAUUUUGUUUUAUUCAUGUGUAAAAUGAAUCCAUUUAAAAUUGAAUUUUUUCAAAAAAAGGAUCCUCCCUCAAAGUGCCUCUAACUUCUAGCUUUAAUAGUUUUUCUUGUUAAAUAUGUAGGAUUUUUUUGUUAUUAAACAAUAAAGAUCUAUUUAGGAUUAUAAUUUAUCCAUUUUUUUUUAAGUGUUCCAAUAUAAUGUAUUUUCUACUUUAUCACACUUAAAUCUCUUAUUACCAUUUCUGCAUGUCUUACUCAUACUAGUGUGCAAAUAAUAAAACUGCAGUUUUAAUACAGAGGAGCCCUGGUAGCACAGUGGUUAAGAGCUCAGCUGCUAACCAAAAAGUUCGCAGUUUGAAUCCACCAGCUGCUCCUUGGAAACCCUAAGGGGCAGUUCUACUCUGUCCUGUAGGGUCACUAUGAGUUGGAAUCGACUCAGAAGCAAUGGGUUGGGUUUGGUUUUGGUUUAACACAGAAACUAGGACUUCAGAUAUUAUACAGGUACCAUAUAGCUAUUCAUGAGCUAGAAGUACAGGAAGACUAAAUUUGAAAAGCAUGGUAUCCAAGGCAACUUUGAGGCCCUGUUCUCUGUGAAUGCAAAAAUCCUAGGCAAAUAUAUACCACACCUAAGGCCGACCGGGAGUCAGAAAGGAGGGAUCUUAGACUUUUAUUCUUCUGCUGUUCAUUCCCCUACUGCAAUUGCUGUUCCUGUUUUUUCUUUCAAGAGUGGGUAACUUCCAUCUGAUCUCAGUUUACUUCUAUCAUCCCAGCUGAAGGAGCCCUGGUGGCACAGUGGGUAAGCACUUGGCUGCUAACCAAAAGGUUGGCAGUUUAAACCCACCAGCUGCUCCACAGGAGAAUGAUGUUCCAUACAGAUUACAGCCUUGGAAACC